AUGUCAACUGUGACUUGGGCCAGUUGGCAAGACUUGUUUGGAAGAGUUGGAGCAGCUUCUCUUCACCGCAUCGGGAGGAAGAUUCGACCCGCCAUUGGAGACCUCACUAAGCUUAUAGAAUUGGAGCUUCAAUACAAUUACCUGUUCGGUGAGAUUCCCAUGGAGGUCGGAAAGCUUCACAAGCUAUGGCAGCUUGAGCUUUACAACAAUGAGUUGACCGGAAAACAUCCCGUCGAAUUGCGAAAUCUUACGAAGCUCGAACUUUUCGAUGCCUCUGCUAACAAUCUGGAAGGAGAUAUCGCAGUAGUGGGGUCAGUAACCAUGGUGUUAUUCACGGUCGUCGUGGUCGCUCGUCUCACCGGGGGUUGGUUGUAA